AUGGUGACCCUUGCUCAACUGGCCGAGGAAGUCCAGUCUCAAGUGGCUGUAAUUGAUAGAUAUCUAAAAGAAAACGACCUUCCCCAGCCAACCUUUGACGUCGAUAGCCCCAGAGAACUUCCUCAUGAUCCAAACGUGCAGCGAGCUCGAAUGUUGCUCAUCGAAAAGGCAUCGGCCCUGGCAAACCUCGCAACGGGUGCCGCAGACCACUUGCUAUGGCAACAGAUGAUCGAUAAAUACGACGGCACCGCUCUCCACUUCCUGGCAGCAUUCAACGUCUUCGACGCAGUUCCCAAAGAAGGCUCCAUCUCGUACGCCGAGCUCUCCGAGAAAGUUGGCGUCCCAGAACAUCGCCUAGGUCGAAUCCUAGCCCAAGCCUACACACAACAUUACUUCUAUCCACCCAAGCCUGGCUUCGUUGCUCACACAAGUAACUCAGUCGUCGCGAGCGGUAACCCCACCGGACGUGCCUGGAUCUUCCACAAUAUGGAAGAGGCUCAGCCAUGGUAUGGAAACAAGCUCGUCGAGACUACCCGCAGAUGGGGAGACUCCUAUGACCCACUGCAUACGGGCCCAAAUUUGCACGUCAAGCCCGGAGAGGAAAAGUCGUUCUUUCAAAUUAUUCAGGAGGAUGAUAGUGGGGAAUGGAAUGGGGUGCAAGGCAAGGGAUUUCGUCUCGCACGCCUGUAUGACUCGGAGAGGGGCUUUGCAAAUAGUGGUACCACUAAUGGGAAGGGUCUGCUGCCUGCUUUUGAUUGGGGUAAACUUGGAAAAGGAAAGGUCGUCAUGAUUGAUGGCUAUACUGGUCAUCUCUUGUCGGCGGUUGCGCUGGCUCACCCGGAUCUCACAUUCAUCAUCCAAACGAAGUUUUCGCCGGGAUAUGAGGAGCGUUUCUACGAGAAACUUGCGCCAGAGCUCAAAGGUCGAGUAACCUGCAUGGCACAUAACCAGUACCAGGAUGACCAGCCGGUCAAAGGUGCAGACAUCUACUUUAUGAGUACUUCGCUGCAGAAGGAAAAUGACGAGUCCGGUAGCAACAUUAUCCGCCGCAUUGUUGAUGCCAUGGACUCGGAGAAGAGCCGAAUCUUGAUACGGGAUAUUGUCAUUGAUGGUGGUGAUCCUCUGCCGGAUAAGACAACUUCUAACGGCAACGGCGCCCCCAGUAAAAAGGAAGGGGAGUAUGAUGCGGGAUUGGGCCCUACUGGCUUUAUCACCAGGUUUAACACUGGAACCGACCUGCAGAUGAUGUGUGUGAUGAAUUCGUUCCAGCGGACGCGGGCAGAGUGGGUUUCCUUGUUCAAAAAGGCAGACCCGCGGCUCGAGUUGAAGAGAUGCAUCCAGCCUGUUGGAAACUGCACCGCCUUGAUGGAAUUUGCCUUGGAGGAAUAA